AUGCCGCUAUCUCUGGACGCCGAUGUACCAUUCAAUGGCAAUGCGAUAGAAUGCAGGAUAUACGCCGAAGACCCGGAAACGUUCAUUCCGUCACCGGGCACGCUGGACAUAUUCGAUCUCCCGACUCUGCCCAAUCUGCGAAUCGACAGCGGCUAUCGCAAGGGUGACGAAGUAACUCCGUUCUUCGACCCGCUGCUCGCUAAGCUCAUCACAUGGGGGCAAAGCAGGGGAGACGCAUUGAACCUCAUGACGGAGGUCCUUGCUGUCAGUGAAGUCGUCGGUGUCAGCACGAAUAUACCUACGCUGCGCGCUGCACUGAAUCAUCCAGACUUCGCUGCUGGCAAAUACACUACUGGACUUAUCGAAAGCUUGCCGCGCUGA